GGGAAGAAGGAGCCUCGUGAAAGCCUAAAGCGGGACCCGCGCACAGGCCUCGGCUUCUCACGGCGAGGCUGCGAUACAUUCUUCCCGCCCAGACGCAGCUCCUCGCGUUAUACAGGGGACGAGGGCAGCGGGUGAGGAGGGAGAGCCUUUUCUUUUCCGAAGCAACCCACGUGUAGCGUUGAUAUUUGUGUGUUCUUUAAAUUUGGCUGAAGAACCACAAAGCAGCCCGAUCAGCGUACCGAGGUACGUGCCGAUCACGGAAUUGCCCGUUGGGGUCUUUAAAAGCUACCAAACUGCCAGAAUGUCUGAAAUUGCAAAGGCUGCCGAUGAGAUAUCUGACAUGAACCUCAGUGACACAAGUACACCAUUAGAUGAGAAUAAAGAAGAACUAAAGAAUCCUAAUGAUAUUGUGAUUACUAUUGGAGCUACUAUACCAACUGGAUUUGAGCUGACUGCGGCAGAUGAAGUACAAGAAAAAUUAGGAUCAAAAUCUAGGAUUAGCAAGGGCCGUGGGAAGAUCUACUUUGAAAUUCCAGUUAUAAGUCUUCCAAAGGUUCACCAGUUAAGAUCAGUUGAUAAUUUAUUUGUCGUCGUUCAAGAAUUCAAAGAUUAUCAGUUCAAAGCAACUAAGGAAGAAGCUUUAAAGGAUUUAGAAGAUUUGGUUAAGGAUCUCCCUUGGACCAACUCUUUGGAAGUAUGGAAGUUAAAUACAAAUCUUAAGAAAAGAAAAACUAGAAGAAAUAAGGGCAACCAUCAGAGUCACGCAAAGAAGGAGAAGCUAGAUAAGAACAAGAAUCAAGAAGGAAAUGAAGAAUUGCAAAAACCUGUGCAAAAUGAUUUUAAAUCUGCUGAAGUCCCAGAUCCAGAAAAUGCUGAUGAAAUAGUACCAACAGAUGACGAUGAGCAGUCUGAACCCAGAGAAGAGAUAACAUCUAAUGGUGACAACAGAGAGGAAUCAGGUGAUGGUAAGAAACAAGAAAUGGAAGCUGAAACACUGAAGUUCCGUGUAACUUGCAAUAGAGCUGGUGAUAACCACAACUUUAAAUCAGAUGAAGCAGCAAGAGAUUUUGGAGGAGCUGUACAAGACUUCUUUCAAUGGAAAGCAGAUAUGACCAAUUUCGAUGUAGAGGUUCUUCUCAAUAUCCACAAUAAUGAAGUGAUCGUUGGAAUUGCAUUAACAGAGGAGAGUCUUCAUAGAAGAAAUAUUACACAUUUUGGGCCCACAACUCUUCGUUCCACUCUUGCGUAUGGAAUGUUGAGAUUGUGUGAUCCUCAGCCAGCCGAUGUAAUAAUUGAUCCCAUGUGUGGGACAGGUGCUAUACCAAUAGAGGGGGUUACUGUCUGGCCAAAUUGUUAUCAUAUUGCUGGGGAUAACCAUUCACAGGCUGUGAAGAAAACAGCAAAUAAUAUCUCCUCUUUACUGAAGCAAACUGAAAAUAAAGAAAGCACUUCUACAGGAAUACCCAUAGAUAGCAUCCAAUGGGAUAGCUGCAAUCUCCCCCUGAGGACCGGCUCUGUCGAUGUCAUUGUAACAGAUCUGCCAUUUGGAAAAAGGAUGGGUUCCAAAAAGAAGAAUUGGAAUCUUUACCCCUCUAGCCUUAUGGAGAUGGCCCGAAUUUGUAGACCAAAGACUGGGAGAGCUGUGCUGUUGACUGAAGAUAGGAAAUGCUUUGCCAAGGCAUUGUCAAAAAUGGGGCAUCUGUGGCAGAAGUCUCACACAAUCUGGGUGAAUGUUGGAGGCCUCUGUGCUGCUGUAUAUCUCCUGAAACGCACCUCAGAAAUAAUUGAGCAGAGAAAAUCAUAUUGGUAACAUUUUAGACAGGCCUAACACUCUUCCAUAAUCCAAUAGCUUUACUUGAAGUUCCAAAUUGGCCAGUGUUUCAAAAUUAAGUGGUUCCGCAAAAUGAACUACUGAGUAAACAUACUGUGCCAAAUCCAACUUGAAGCUCUUGAAGGCACUUAAAGAGGAAAAUGUAGUAAGUUGAUAAAGCUUGCAGUUUUAUUAUCAGCCUGAAAAUGACAGUUACUGUGCAAAAGUGCAAAUGCUUUCAUAUUCAUAAGGCAAGCUAUCCAAUUUGGUGAAAAGGUUAAUAAUAGGAGUUUCAGAAGAGACACUUCAAAAUACAAUGUUAGAGGAUUGUUUUCUUCAAUAUUGUUCAGUUUAGAGUUUCUUUAGUUAAGAGUAUAUAAUAUUUUGCCACUGGAGAAUUGCCUCCAUUUUAAUUUGUUUGGCAUCCAAAAUAAGGGCAACAAAGUUAGUACAGUUUUACAAACUUUAUUGUCUAAAAUAGGGACAAUAAUGUUAGUACAGUUUUACUAACUUUUAUAAACUCUGAAUUACACACUGUGAUCUCACUGUUUCCUUAUCUGCUGUCUAAAUGUAAGAGUUAAAUCUUUUGUUUACUGUCAUAUGCUUGUUAUAGCUCUAACUGAGAAGAUGUUGUGUGAGUCUUUAUACUUUUCCUUUGUCAUCGUUUUAAUUCAGAGUUCAGGCUAAAAAUGCAUUAGUAAACUUUAUAUGUAUUGUUGAUUGGAACUUGCAGGAUACAUGAGAAUAUUUAUAAUAAGUUAAUUUUAACCUGAAAAUAAUAGCUAAAGAAUGUGCUUAGUAGCUAAAUGACAGUAACUUGUAAUGAUUCUCAAAUAUGGUCCAAAUUAACAAGAAUUAUACAAUAAAUAUACGGUAGAUCCCACCAUCAGCUUGUUAUUCCAAAGUCUUGCAAAGCUUUCUUUGCUUCUCAUAUUAGUUGUUGAUAUUCACUGACUUCUAACAUAUUUUUUCCUGUAUAUAAUAAAAAUUUUACCAGGAU